AUGCUCAAUAUGCUUUUCGGUUUCGACACCACGAGUUUCUCUGGCGUCCAGAGCAUUCCUGCUUUCAUUGACCAGUUCGGUAAUGCGGUCAAGCCGGAUGGCAGUAGUGCUAUCUCCGCUGCUCGUGUCUCCUUCAUGAGCUCUGUCGCCUUUGUGGGCAAGUUCUUCGGAACGCUGACCUGCCCCAUCUACGUGGAGAAGAUAGGCCAUCGAUACACCAUCUGGAUUUUGUGCAUAAUCAGUUUUGUUGGUAUCAUUCUGGAAUGCACUUCAAAAACAAUGGCCCAAUUUGUCGUAGGGAGAAUCGUAGUCUACUACAGCGUCGGGCUGGCAGAGAAUACCUCUACGACCUACCAAUCUGAGCUCGUUCCGGCAUCUCUGCGUGGAGCUGUUGUCGGAUCCAUUCAGCUCUUCAUCCAAUUUGGCCAGAUUAUGGCUGCAGGUGUCAACGAGCGCUUCUCUAAGUCAAAAGAACCUAGAGGCUGGAUUAUCCCAGUUGCAAUCCAGGCCGUUGUGCCUGUAACCAUUUUUAUUUCUCCGCUUUUCAUACCCUCCGGACCUAGAUGGCUUAUCAGCAAGGGCCGCAAGGCCGAUGCUGUUCAUACUUUGGAGAGAGUCCGGCCAAAGGAAGAUGUUGCUGCCGGAACCUGCCAGGCAGAAGCAGACGCCAUCGAGGAGGCCCUUCACAACCAGGUUGAGAAAGGACCGUGGAUCGAUCUUUUUAAAGGCACAAACAGACGCAGAACGGAGAUCGCCGUAUCUGUUUUUAUUUUGCAGCAGUUUACCGGCCAAGGAUUUGUCUCUCAAUAUUCCCCUCGCUUCUAUAAAACCGUGGGUCUCGGUGCACAUGCUUUUCAAUACAAUAUAGCCUCCGCAGUGGUCGGAUGGGUCGGUGUCCUCAUCGGUAUGAGCGUCUUCGACAUAGUCGGCCGACGCAACAUUCUGAUUCUAGGCGGCUUCUUCCAAGCCGUCUUCUUAUUUGCUAUGGCUGGUAUUGGAUUGAAAAAGAACCCUACCACAGCAGAUGGAAAUGGCCUGGUCGCAUGCGUGAUGCUCUUCAAUUUCUUCUUUAGUGGCACCUGGGCACCGCUGGCAUAUGUCAUUGCAUCAGAGAUCGGUACUGCUGCUCUCCGGGAGAAGACAAUGGGUUUCACCAGUACGAUUAACGUUGUGGCUGCGUGGCUAGUCGCGUUCGUGGUACCUUACCUUCUUGACGCGAUUGGUUCGAAUAUUGGAUGGAUCUUCGGUGCGUUCAGUAUUCUCGCCAUGGUUUAUGCCUACUUUCGAGUUCCGGAGAUUAUGAACCGGUCCCUUGAAGAACUGGACGAGCUGUUUGAGAACCAUGUUUCUGCUCGUAAGUUCGCGACUACCAGGACGCAUGGCGCUGCACACCGGGUGGCGGAGCUUGAGAACGGGCCAGUUCUGAUGGGGAGAGAGGAGAGCACGGAUGAAUCGAAUACAGAGGAGGGCCGGAAGCGCAGCGAAAAUGUACAGGAAAGCGUGGUGGAGGGCUCGAAUUAA